CUGUCACCUGUGAGCCCCCAUAAGUGUCCACCACCUAAAAGUGACUGAAAAUAUUAUAAAAAAGGUAGUCCUCACCUAUGUGGGACUCCAGCCGCCCCGAUAAAUUCCGAGAAUGACGUGUAUGCUCAAAAACAAAUAUAUCGAGCAAUUUAACAUAGUUUGACACAAUAAUUCGACCAACUUUGUCCCUGUCUCAUAACCUUGUCCAACUCCAUAUGAAUCUUCAUUUCGCGAGUGCAAUAAUCCCCCGAAUGUCCAGUAGCUCACCCUAAUAACGACUAAACAAAGUGAGCAACCGACAAGUCCACCGAGAAUUCAUCGAAGAGAACAAUGAACGAGUGAACUGCGACCUCAACUGCGACUCGAUCAUUACAAAAAUCUAAUUACUGUGAUGAGUGACUCAGAACAACGCCAGUUGCACGUGCCUUAUCGUGAAUAUCACAGUCAAAGUCUGAAUAACACCAGGAACCAGGUGGCCCUGGUGGAGACUGAUGCCCUAGUGGAUUUAUCAACAUCAUCGAGCCAAGUUAAUCAGACAUCUGUUGUUAAGAAUCAACCUUUAUUUGUACAGUCAAAUAUCAACGAUUUGGCGGAACUAGCUGUACCAGAUAUUGAAUUUGCACCUAAUUGUAGUACCGAGACUACUGCAAUCAUUGAUUCUCCUGGGAUUGACCGGGAGAGUCAACCUCUCCUCGGUCGACUCGAGCUUGAUGUUACAUUUAAUAGAUUCCCAGACGAUCCGCAAUUCUCGGAGUUGGUCUGGCAAGCUGAGUGCGCUAUCGACAAUGGUAUCUACCCAGAGAGGAUAUAUCAAGGGUCCAGUGGCAGUUACUUCGUUAAAAAUAACGCUGGUAAAAUAAUAGCGGUCUUCAAACCCAAAGACGAGGAGCCAUAUGGCAGAUUAAAUCCCAAAUGGACAAAGUGGAUGCAUAAAUUAUGCUGUCCCUGUUGUUUCGGCCGUAGUUGUUUAAUUCCAAAUCAAGGCUAUCUGAGUGAAGCUGGUGCGAGUCUAGUCGACCGUAAAUUGGGUCUCGGUAUAGUACCGAAUACCCGUGUGGUCAAAUUGGUCAGUAAAACCUUCAAUUAUCCCCGCAUAGACCGGCAAAAAGCACGCAUGAAGCAGGUGAUAAUGGACCAGUUUCCGGCUGUGGGUUCGCAAUUCAAAAGACUGGGACUACCACCCAAAGUUGGAUCAUUCCAGCUGUUCAUGGACGGCUACAAGGAUGCUGACUACUGGCUCAGAAGGUGGGAGAACGAUCCCUUGCCCACGAGACUUGCCAGGGACUUUCAGCUGCAAUUUGAGAGACUCGUCGUUCUCGAUUACAUUAUCAGGAACACAGACAGGGGGAAUGACAACUGGCUGAUCAAGUAUGAUCCAGCUGCUGCUAAGACGUCACUUGAGGAGGCUGAGGUUCACAUUGCUGCUAUUGACAAUGGACUCGCUUUUCCCUUCAAACAUCCUGACUCGUGGAGGGCUUACCCGUAUCACUGGGCAUGGCUCAGCCAGGCUAAACUACCAUUCAGUGAAGCUACUAGGGAACUCGUCUUGCCACAACUUUCUGAUCUGAAUUUUGUGCAAGACCUUUGUGAUGAUUUGUAUCAACUGUUCAAACAAGAUAAAGGCUUCGACAGACAUCACUUUGACAGACAAAUGAGCGUAAUGAGGGGUCAAAUAUUGAAUCUACAGCAGGCACUCAAGGACGCUAAGAGUCCAGUACAACUGGUGCAAAUGCCUGCUGUGAUAGUAGAAAAAGCGAAAGGCAAUGGAACGCCAAAACUAUUCUCGUUUUCCGACACAUUCACCCAGCGCUUCCAGAAUAAAAGUCCCUUCUUCUCCUGGUGUUGAAGAACCCCCCCCCCUCACCCAAACCAGUGGAACAAUUAUAAAUACAACAUAAUACUUAAAGUCAUAAUAACUGAGUUGAGAGUGAAAUGACGAGGAGGUGAUUGAAUACAAGCAGAUGGUAAAAUUAUUCGUAAUACAAUUUUAAUGGAAAUGCCCUCUUCUUCCUAAUCCCCAUCAUCUCAGUGACGUUAACAUUUUUUUUUAAAGUUAUUUUUUGUUGAGACUCUAGAACGAAUUGAAAAUAAAAUUGUGGUGUAAAAAAUUGUACGAAUGGUGAACAUAAAUAUUCACUUUUCAUUGAAUAAUGCAUACGGUACACUGAUGUAGACAUUUGUAUACAAAAUUUAAUAAUGAAAGACACAAACAAAACAUAAGUAGUUCUCCUGAAACAGAAAUAUGUAUUUUUUCAGUCACAUGUACUAUUGUAGAAUUGUUUGUGCCAAUUACUAUUAUUGUUACAGUUAUUACCGAGCAUUUGAAUAAAUAUUUAAAGAUGAAGAUUUGAGAGACUGCGAA